CAAAGAGGUCAAGUUCUUGACAAAGUAAAUCCUGACUUCUCUGUAUACUCAAACACACAGAUAGAUCAUACAGAAAAUCACGGAAUCAUUAUCUCUUUUAACAAAACUAGAUACGUUUUGCGAAAAAAAAACAACUGUUCGGACAUAUGGUGUUCAACGGCGGGAGUGUUAUGUCUGUAGCUCUUUUGUCUGCUGAUAUUUGGCAGCGAGUACGUCGGAUCCCACCGUCGGAUCGCAUCAGCAGCCGAGAAAUGCUCGACCUUGUCUGCUUCUUCCCGCUCCAGGAACUUGGUCGAUUCGCUGUAUGGUUCUUGACUGUUCUCUGUCUUCCUCCGCCAGGUUUGCUUUAUCCUGAAGUCGACGAAGAAGAGGAAGAGGAUCGUCAUGAUCACGCUUUCGCUUAUAGCUCAUCUUCAGCUCCUAUCGCUAGAUAUCAGAAUCACUUCCAUCUUCAUUUUGAGUGAUCAAAACUCGAUCAUGUUCUCUUCUUUGUAAAUUCUAUUCUUCUUUUUUUUUCAGUCGCUCUGUUUUCAUGUUGUAGUUAUUGUAUUUGGCGAGACUUCAAUCUUGUUUCUUGAUCUUGAUUAAAGAUUCAGAAUCCUGAUAAGAGUUUGGAUCCCUGGAGAAUAUUUACAGAUUUGGGGUCA